UAGACCAUCACGGAGCAAGGGUUUCCCACUCUUCCACUGUCAAUAGCAUCCCAUGUUUUCAUUAAGGUGGAGAUAAAUCCGUGUCCAUAACCCUUUGCAGCCUCUUCCUGCUGUGCAUUUACUCCGGUGGUAGCUGUACUGUAGGUGGGAGGAUAUCCUUUCACAGAUCUGGCAUAAAGUAUGGGAGGGAUUUAAUAUAGCUCCUCAUGCUUCUUUUUACUCCUUGCACCAGUGUUAAUCUCCUUUACUUGGCUGGCCCGAAGCUGAAAGGAAUGUGUGGGGAGGCAGUUAGUAAUUUAGAGAAGAUAAAUCCUACACCUUUUUUGUCUUAUUUGGGAGAGGAAAUGAUGAAACCUGACCCUUCUCUCCCCCUCAAUAAGAACAGUGCUUUUGUACCUCAGCUGGGGCCAGGGACUGGGUUGCACUUGCUCUUAAUUGUUUGUUCUUCUUGACUUAUCGCUGUUCUGGCCUUCCUGUGUUUGGUAAAAAGGGAUACUAAAAGCUCUGUAUGCCCAGGUCCUGCACUGUGCUUCAAGCUCUUCAGUUUCUCACACAUCUAGUCCAUUGCUCUAGACUUACACUGUUUACAUCCAAGUGGCCUCCUUGAUGCAUAGCUCAAGAAAUUCUGACAAAUUCAAUUACAUAGAACACGAAGCAGCAACUUUAGCAACUUCAUUUCUUUUUUUUUUUCUUUUUUUUUUUUUUUGACACAGGCAAUGGAAAGUAGCCAGGCCCAGCACAGCACAGAGCUUAGCAUUGUGUCAAGCCUCUGCUGUUGCAGAAGUUGGAAAUCCAAAAUCAAGAUCUUUGGAUAGGAUUUGAAACCUAACCCUUGCUGUAGUGUUAAAGGCACAGAGUCUUGGGAAAUGUAGCAACUUGCAGAAUGCUUGCUAGGUCCUACAGUCAUUUCUGAAGACUUUGCCUAUAAUUAAUAGGUAGCAUUGCCAUGGAGCAAUAGCAUAAUCAAGGAUGAGGAAAUGAAGAUAUGGUAUGAAUGCGUUACUGCAGACAGACUAGUGCUGUGCCAACACACCACUGCUGCAGGGAUGCACGCAGCAACCAAAAUGUACAGAGACCAUACUUCUAGUUCUGGAAGGAGUCUGUUCCUUGGGGUCUCCAGUCAGUGCUGUACACUAUGGUAUGGACAUGCUCUUGAGCUCUCUAGUGAUGAGGCGUGUGUGGCAGUGAUAAGUUUUUAGAGGAGAGUUGGUAGGAAGCUGGGGUUAGAUCCACCUUCCAGACUUCUGAAGGCAUAAUUCUUUAAGCCAUGCCAUUGCAGAGCUUCUGGAAGCUUUUUAGUGAGAGUUGAGUGGAUCUCAUUGAUAACUCAGUAUCUCCAUUGCAGGAGAAUACAACAGGAAUGCAAAUAAAUUGUAAGCUUUGAUUUCCAAGUUCAGAUAAUGGAGGGUUACUGCUUUGAUCAUUUAGUAAUUUAUUCUUGGUGGCGUCAGACAAAAAGUCAAUUUCUGGUUACAGGAAAACGUUGCGCAGAGGUAGUACUAUGCUACUGAAGUCAGAUACUACAUGUGUCUGAUGAGUAGUGCUGGGAUUUUUUUUGGUGCUUGUUAAAAAAAAUCAGCAGGUCUUGAGGAGGACAGCUGAUAGUUUGCAGAUAGAGAGCUUGGGCUAUGGAAGACUUGGAUGGUUAAUGUGUUAUGGUGGAUUUCCUAAAAGUAUGGAACAAACCUGUGAAUAAUUAAAGGGAGUGAUUAACUGACUUGCUAGAUUUGCAAUUUGGAAUGCAGAACUUUUCUUGUGCAAGCUACUUACUCUGACUGAAGUGCUAUUUCUCAACUAUUCUGCAUGACUGAAAUCUCAGCAGUAGUGCUCGUACACUCUUUGCCUCUUCACCUGCUCUUGAUAUUUUCUUGACAUUGACUGCACACACGUAACUCACCUUCCCAAUCUGUAUAUCCUGACUCUUCUGACUAGUUUUUCUAUUUCAUGGGGCCAUACUGUACUUAUGUUUUAAGUGUCCUUUUCUACUUUUUAUUACUAUUUUCUGUUUAAGCUGCUGUUUUUAUUACUUUACUUUUAGAUUCAGUUGUACAUUUAUUUUAUAUAAUAAUUUGGAGUUGAAAGUCCUUAACGUUUUUGUUUUUAUGUACUAUGCUUUCAGUGUUAUAACCAUACAAUUGUGGCUACUCAUGGUGACAUAUGACUGCUAUGAAUGUUGGGCCUUUGCAAUGCAUUUUGGAGGUCACUACUACACAUUUGAUGUUUAGGAGGUUGACAGGUAUGGCUGUAGUGCCCCCAAGAUGAAAUGUCUGAAUCUGGGCAGUCCUCGGCAGCUGCCACACCGAGCACCACAGGAACCAAGUCCAACACUCCUACGUCAUCUGUGCCCUCUGCUGCUGUCACGCCCCUGAACGAGAGCAUCCAACCCAUCAGUGAAUACAAUGGCACAACCAAGGGCAACAAGAGGACACGAGAAAAGCGGAACAGUCGGAACAUGGAAGUCCAGGUUACACAGGAGAUGAGGAAUGUCAGCAUAGGUAUGGGAAGCAGUGACGAGUGGUCCGAUGUUCAGGACAUCAUAGAUUCGACACCAGAACUGGAUAUGUGUCAAGAUCCCCGCCUGGAACGCACUGGUAACAGCCCAACACAGGGGAUUGUGAACAAAGCAUUCGGCAUCAACACGGACUCUCUGUAUCAUGAACUUUCCACAGCAGGGUCCGAGGUUAUUGGGGAUGUUGAUGAAGGAGCAGAUCUGCUAGGGGAGUUCUCAGUACGGGAUGAUUUCUUUGGAAUGGGCAAAGAAGUGGGGAAUUUGCUGUUGGAAAACUCGCAGCUACUGGAGACCAAAAAUGCUUUGAACGUUGUGAAGAAUGAUUUGAUUGCCAAGGUGGACCAGCUGUCUGGAGAGCAAGAGGUGCUGAAGGGAGAACUUGAGGCAACAAAGCAGGCCAAAGCCAAAAUGGAAACCAGAGUCAAAGAGUUGGAGGAAGAGCUGAAAAGAGUGAAAUCUGAAGCGAUUGUUGCACGACGAGAACCCAAAGAGGAGGUGGAGGAUGUAAGCAGCUAUCUCUGUACAGAAUUGCAGUGCUCCUCCCCUCUGCAGGACAACAUUCCCAUAGCUCAGCGACGUCGCUUCACCCGCGUAGAAAUGGCAAGGGUUCUGAUGGAGCGCAACCAAUACAAAGAGAGAUUGAUGGAGCUCCAGGAGGCUGUCAGGUGGACAGAGAUGAUCAGAGCUUCCCGUGAGCACCCAUCCGUCCAGGAGAAGAAGAAGUCUACCAUCUGGCAGUUCUUCAGCCGUCUAUUCAGUUCCUCUUCAAGUCCCCCACCAGCAAAGAGGACCUACCCAUCUGUGAACAUCCACUACAAGUCUCCGACGACAGCAGGGUUCAGCCAGCGUCGCAGUCACACCAUGUGCCAGAUCUCCUCUGGCAGCCGUACCCUGGAGUUCUUCCCUGAAGAUGACUGCACAUCCUCAGCACGUCGUGAACAGAAGCGGGAGCAGUACCGCCAGGUCCGGGAGCAUGUGCGGAAUGAUGAUGGGCGAUUGCAGGCCUGUGGCUGGAGUCUCCCUGCCAAGUACAAACAGCUGAGCCCCAAUGGUGGUCAGGAAGAUAAUCGGAUGAAAAAUGUCCCUGUGCCUGUAUAUUGUCGCCCACUAGUAGAGAAGGAUCCAACAAUGAAGCUGUGGUGUGCAGCUGGAGUCAAUCUCAUGGGGUGGAGACCUUUGGAGCAGGAGUCUGGGAAUGGGCAGAAACUGGAUCCUGGACGUGAUCCCCUCACUUGUGAUCGGGAAGUAGAGAGCGAGAACAAUAAAAGUAACCAUACCUCUCCUGAAAAGAAAAAGGCCAAGGAGUUCCAUGAAAUGGAUGCCACAUCCAGUCGUGUCUGGAUUCUCACCAGUACACUGUCAACAAGUAAAGUUGUAAUCAUUGAUGCCAAUCAGCCUGGCACAGUGGUGGACCAGUUCACUGUCUGCAAUGCUCAUGUGCUCUGCAUCUCCAGCAUCCCUGCGGCCAGUGAGAGUGAUUAUCCUCCAGGCGAGAUCUUUCUGGAGGGAGAUGUAAAUCCUGAAGAAUCAUCUGGAACAGAUGGUGUCUUGGCAGGAAUCACUCUGGUGGGCUGUGCAACCCGCUGCAAUGUGCCACGAAGCAACUGUUCCUCGCGUGGUGACACACCUGUGCUGGACAAGGGACAGAGUGAAGUGGCUGCUGUCUGCAAUGGGAAGAUCAACCAGUCCCAGUCCACAGAGGAGGCAACAGAAGCUACAGAGGUACCAGAGAAUGGUACAAGUGAAGCAGACCCUAUUCAAGCCCGGCCUGGGCCCCUCACAGAGCACGUGUUUACGGAUCCAGUCCCUGUGCAGGCACCUCUUAGGCAGAAUGGGGAGAAUGGUCAGCUGAAGACAGAGUCGAGCACAGCACUGCCAGAUCAGGAACCGAAUGGGGAUGCUGCUGGGACCUGCACCAGUGCUGCCCCCACCAUGUGGCUGGGAGCACAGAAUGGCUGGUUGUAUGUGCACUCUGCGGUGUCUAACUGGAAGAAGUGUCUGCACUCUAUAAAGCUGAAAGACUCCGUACUGAGUCUAGUGCAUGUGAAGGGAAGGGUCCUUGUUGCUCUGGCAGAUGGAACACUAGCCAUAUUCCACCGAGGAGAAGAUGGUCAGUGGGAUCUCAGUAAUUACCACCUCAUGGACCUUGGCCAUACUCACCAUUCUAUCCGCUGCAUGGCUGUUGUGUAUGACAGAGUCUGGUGUGGCUACAAGAACAAAAUCCACGUUAUUCAACCUAAGACAAUGCAGAUUGAGAAAUCCUUUGAUGCCCAUCCUCGGCGCGAGAGCCAGGUGCGACAGCUGGCAUGGAUUGGAGAUGGAGUAUGGGUUUCCAUCCGCCUGGACUCCACCCUGAGGCUUUACCAUGCUCACAGCCAUCAGCAUCUGCAGGAUGUUGACAUUGAGCCUUAUGUCAGCAAGAUGCUAGGUACUGGAAAACUGGGCUUCUCCUUUGUACGGAUUACAGCUCUGCUCAUUGCUGGCAAUCGUCUCUGGGUGGGGACAGGGAAUGGUGUUGUCAUCUCCAUUCCACUGACUGAGACUGUAGUCCUCCACCGAGGCCAACUUCUUGGGCUCCGGGCCAACAAGACAUCACCCACUUCUGGAGAGGGCAGCCGCUCUGGUGGGGUCAUCCACGUGUAUGGCGAUGACAACAGCGACAAAUCUGCCAGCAGUUUUAUUCCCUACUGCUCCAUGGCUCAGGCACAACUCUGUUUCCAUGGUCACCGUGAUGCUGUCAAGUUCUUUGUCUCUGUGCCUGGGAACGUCCUCGCGACCUUGAAUGGGAGUGUAUUGGACAGCCCUUCAGAGAACCCCAGCACAGCAACCACAGAGACCGAGGGGCAGAAGCUGAAGAAUGUCCUAGUGCUGAGUGGAGGAGAAGGGUACAUCGAUUUCCGGAUCGGGGAUGGAGAAGAUGAUGAGACAGAAGAGAACGCAGGAGAUGCCACCCAGGUGAAGCCAGUACUUUCUAAGGCAGAAAGGAGCCACAUUAUUGUGUGGCAGGUAUCAUAUAUCCCUGAGUGAGAAUUUCUCCUUUCCUACCAAUGUAAGUGUCCCUCCUCCCACCUGAAUGCCAAGAUGUACAUACAGAACGUCUGCAUUAUACCUACUGCUGGAAACCGACCCCAGACAACUGCAGCGGCUCCUGCCUCGGACUGUCACCCCCUUCUAACCUCUGAACUUGCAGCUUUCAUCUUGGGCCUGUGCGCUUUCUGCGUGGUUGGGUUAUUGUUCUGCUCUGGAGCUGGCGUCUACAAGGAGAGAAAUGGCAGCGCAUUGAUAAAGUGAAGCCUGGAGCCAGAGCUGUGCAAAGACUUUGCCUGGGGCUGGGGAGAUGGACUGGUGGUGGCUGUGGUUGUCCAGCAGGUUGCCUUGCUCCCACCUGCAUGAGAAGUAGUAUGUCACCCUGGUGUCCCCCGCCAAAGCAGUGGUGGUAAAUCACAACUCCUACAACACUAGAAGAAAUCCUUUCUAGUUCACCAGUGGACUUUUCACCUUAUCCACUAUGCACAGAGUACACUUAAGCACAGAAUAAUAUCCCCCAGACUGACAGCUGCCAGGUCCAAGGAGCCUUCAGUAGAAAGGAGCACUUCUGCUUGUUGGCUGGAAAAGGUGGCAGGGCCAUUACUGUGGGGAACACAUCCUCCAUACGAGCGGAUGCAAAGGCUCCCUCCUCUUCUGCUGCUGUCGUCGUAGCAGUAGUGCGCUGGGUGACUGUAUGUGUCCAGAGAGAAUUGUGUGGUAGCCUCCGAUGGGUGGCAAGUGUUUGAUUGUGGAGGCCAUGGGGCCUUUGGAAGCUAUGGUAACAAAGAGGUACUGGAACCUUGUUAUUUGAGAGCAGAGAAGUCAGCAAUACUUUUAACUCCCUUUUCUAGAAAUGCCAGGCAAAAAAGAACUCUUGAGUUCAUUCUUUUUGAGCCUGAAAGGUUUAGGAUAAAUUUGUCUCUGCAUAGCAUUCGUUGGCUUUUAAACUCUGUAGGGCAGAUAACGUUGGUGUACUGUGGAUUCUGCGUUAACACGGUGAGGUUACCUUGACUCAUAAGGAUGUGUCCCAUCCUAGGAACUGCAGGCAUCCUGCUGGAAGGGGGUGGCUGUUUUCACACGGUGACUGUCAGGUUCGGGAAGUGUGUAGAUGCAGUCCAGGUGUACAGGCUGUCUCUCACCUGAGGUCACAUGGAAAAGAGAAAUGAGGCCAGAUCUCCCAGCAUCUUUUACAUCACAAGCACUGACUGACUUUUUUUUUAAGUAGCUUGAAAAGCUGUACGUUUCUGACUCCUGAAAAGAAUGACAACCCCGAGAGAAAUUUUGACUGCCCUCCUUGUGUAAGCUGUGCUGUGGGAUUGUAAGUGUGUGUCCUGCUUAUAGGAGAAGCAGUAAAAAUCGGGGUCAGGGAGAGCAGUUUUAAGCUCCGUAUUCAGAGCAUGGCAGCUCCAGAUGUGGAGGUUUGUCCUUCCUUUCUGACAGUGGAGACAGACCUGCCUCCAAAGGGCAUGCUGUUAGCGAUGAAUUGAGAAGAUCUGGUGGUCGUCUUGUUUUUUCUGAGCUGUGCGGCACUCUCGGUCUCACAGGGAUGUUCGCCUCCAUCUCUGGGGAAUAUGUCCCAGGUGUGUCCUGCGCUUGUUGCCAUGACCCAGGCUUGUGGUCUACAGCUAUUUGUGUGCUGCAGGGACACAGUAUUCACUGGGGAAGCUCUGACAUGUAAUGUCUGUCCUGAUUCAGCAGCACUGAAAUGCUUUUUGAAUCCACAGUUCAGAAAAGGCAGGGGAGAUGGGCACACAGUUCCUCUCCACAAGGAACUAAGAGGACACAUCCAGAGAACAGAGACCUCAAGUACCAAAGUACAGGGCCACAGCGGUGCCUGCACUGCCUGUGAGCACUGCUGGUGAUGCAUGGACCUGCACCACUCCUCACAGAGGCAGGAAACCAGCUGGAUAACGUCCUCCAGCCAUCAACACACUGGAAUCUCUGCCUUGCCUUUGGCUAAGGGAUUCUUGGAUCAGACACCCGCAUGCAGAAUGGGAACGUUUUACCAGGAACAUCUCACUGGGGUACUGCUGACCAUGCCACACUUCUUGUUCGCUUUCCCCAAAUGUUUUCUGCUAGGACAAGUUCUUUGGGUCACGUCACAGAAUGCAUUAAAGUUAACAAGAAGAUAGACAUUUAGCUAGCAGAUUCCACAGACAUCUAACAGUUAAUUAGGGCCCAGGAAAUUUCAUAAUUUGGCCUAAUUUAAGGGAAAAACAAGGCAUAGUAAGUCCAGUUUGUUAGCUCUGUUGAACCUCCAACAUGAAAAUAGAGAAUUGCAAUGUUCUUACCUCUUACUGUUUGUUCUGUAUUUGGUUUUAGCAGUAAAAGUGACUCGGUCUUCUGUUACCCACUGAUCCCUGGCAACGUAAGGAAACUGGUCUUGAGUCUCCAGCAACGGGUUCCUUUCCAGUUGGAUGCAUGUCUUCCUCCAAGAGAAGCACAUGCGUAAGAGGGGUAGCUACAGCUAAGUAGAACCAUUUUCUACUGUCAGCUUCUGUUAUUUGGUGGCUGCUGGGCAGCAAGGUGAGAACUGACUGGCUUCACCACACUUCCCUGUCAUAUCUCCACUGUGAUGUAUGUAAAGUAUCUUGUAUGUUACAAAAGGAUUUUAAGAAGUGUCUUAAGGCCUGUAAACUCCGCUGUUUGGUCAGAAGAUGGCAUUCUGUAAAGAGACCGCUGUAUGAAUACGUUCCCAUGCUUUUUCCCCUAUGCUAUCAAACAACAAACCAUAUCUGUUCUGUAUGUAAUAAAUGUGUUAACAUCA